AUUUAUUGUCCAACAAAGGCGGCUUUUCGGAUUUUUCGGACAGAAUAUGGAUUGUAGCCUUUAUAUGCUGUUUUAAUUGUAAUUAUUACUCAUAUUUCUUGGGGCUUUGAGGACCGUUUGUUCACAAAUACUCUCAAUCAAUAAAUUACGUCAGCUACGCUAGCUGUAACCGGGCUGUAAUGUCUUUUGGUACUGAUCCUCGUCUUGGCUAUUCUGGAAUGUGUGAAGACCCGUCUGUUUGUCGUGACUAUCUGCGAAAUGUUUGUAAACGUGGCAAAAAGUGCAAAUAUAAGCAUCCAUCACCUGAAGAAUGCGAGAGGCUUCGUCGUUUCGACAAGACGUUUUGUCAUGACUUUCAAAAUUCAACUUGUCGCCGUUUGAAUUGCAAAUUUUUGCAUUACACAAAGGAAGAAGAGGAGGUGUUCCGGCGUACUGGUUAUCUACCCAAUGAUGCACAGUGGUCUCAUCGCUCAGCCUCAAAUAGUUAUGAUGAAAAAACACCAAUCUGCAAGGAUUUCGCCAAUGGAGCCUGUAAUCGAGGAGCUAAUUGUAAAUAUCGCCAUGUCACCACACAGCAGACACAAGAAGUAGUAAAUCCUACUCUCUAUAAUCAGUCAAAUUUACAGGAAGCUAGCUAUGUCAGUGAAAACACACCAGCUGCACAUAUUGAUCCUUCUCUGUUCAGCAAUUCAACUCAUUUCAGCCAACCGUCUCUGAUAAAUAAUGCAGUCAUUGUAUCGCCUACAAAUUCAGUCUUAAAUCCUGUAAGCAAUGCAUAUAUUCCUGGUGUUUCUUCACAUUCACUUAUGGGUCUUAUUAGUAAUACGUCUACAGGACAACCUACUCUGUAUGCUCAUUCAUCGCUGGUCUCAAUUACCAGUGCUCCUCAUAUUAGUCCUUGUUCUUCUGUCAUCACAGUUGCUGCUAGUCCCACACAACAUCCGAAUUUUACUUGUAAUGUGAGCAAUAAUAGUUUAAUCCAAUCUCAGGCGGCUAUAGCUUGUUCUACACAACAUCAUGCUGUUGUAACUGGUGUGUUACCAGCCCAUCCGUCAAUAUCAUCUGCAUCUGCAACCUAUUAUCCAUCUUAUGGUGUAUUUCAUAUUAAUCAACCCCCUGUAGAGAAUUGUGAUCAACAACAGGUUACAGCGGUUGAGAUGCAAAAACAAAUUCACGAAACUAGACCUUCAAGAUGUCCAACAUCAACAGCAACAGAAACCACUAGAAUGACACCAGUUUCUGCUACAACGACGAAGACGGCGACAACCUCAGUUACAUCGGUGUCUUCGUCAACAACAGCUGUAUUGGCUGCUGCAGCAGCUGCUGGUUAUAUUGCACAACAUUUACCUGUUAUUGGUUCCAAUAGUCUAUCUACUGGAAGUAAUGUAUCUCAAGAGCACAGUAAUUAUAUGAAUAGUAAAACUGGUAAUCCAUCGAAAGGUGUAAGUGUACAUGAAUCGGCUAUAGCAGCUGCAGCAAAUCUACCAACAGUGUCGGCUGCGGCUGCAGCCGCCGUAGCAGCAGCUGCUGCAUUCGCUUGUUCCACUUCGAUGUCACAAAAUUCGAAGUAUCAUUCUAUGCUUCCAAGUAAUCAAACAAAGUUCAAUGAUUUGGAUAUGGAGUCUAGUUCAUCAAUUCCUUCGCCUCGUAUUAUUACCAGCAAUAAUAAUAAUAAUCAUAAUCAUAAUAAUAAUAAUAACAGUAAUAGUAAUAACAACAAUAAUCAUUCUAAUCACACCAAUAGUAGUAACAACAACAUGACCUUGAUGAGUAAUACAGAGUCAUGUUCUUGUCAAAACUCACCACACAAACUAGACAUUCAUAGUAUUCAUAACAAUAAUAAUGAUUGUAACACGAAAAUAAACACAAUGACUGCAUGUUUUCAAAAUCAUCCACACUGUUCAGGCAGAGAAUCAUUAUAUCCGCACGAUAAUAAUCCCAAUAAUGGCGGUAAUAAUAACAAUCACAAUAAUAAUAAUAGUAGUAGUACCACUGGUAACUCUAUUAAAUCAAUAUCUUCAAUAGAUUGUAUAUCUAAUUCUAUGCCUUCCUCAUCGGAAUACUUGAAUCCAGCUGAUGAAGAGCAAGCGAAAACAGCAGCUGCUGUCGCUGCCGCAGCAUGUAUUGGCGCUAUUUUCUCUCAACCAAUGGCUGCUGCAGCAGCAGUUGCAGCUAGUGGUGCAGCAGGUGUUGGCAACUCAGCUCCAUCAUCAGUUGCUGCAAUGCUUGGAAAUUUAAUUGGUUGUAAUGAGAAAGAUAUUAUGCAUGCUGUUCAAUCGUCAUCGACGUUAUCAUCGGCGUCGGCGUCAUCAGCAGCGGCCUCAUCUUCGUAUGCCGGAGCAUCGUUAUUAUCCAACUCAUCUAGACAUAAUAACUGUUCUGUUAGCAAUAAAUGUGAUUCUGAUGCUACUACAGUUAUCAACCGUUGCCCACAGCAGCAACAACAACAACAGGUUUCUAAAGUUGAUGAGAAAAGUUCCAAAGAUGAUCAUCAAAACGAACAUGGCGGUACUGGUGGUGGUGGUGUAGGCGUUAGUAAUAAUAAUAAUAAUAAUAAUUCGAUGGAUCAAAAUAAUCUUCAGUCGAAUACUGUCAACAUUUCUUCAUCGUUGUAAGUGUUCAAAUACCUUAUUGGAUCAUAAUAAUCCACAUUCUCUUCAAGAUACAAUUACCUCAGAUUCAAGCAAUUGGUCCAGUCACCACCUUAAAAAUUUUUGUAUUAUUCAGGAUUACUCACACCACCACCACAAACACUGCAUUAGACCAUGGUAGACUUUGGUAAAUUUUCGCAUUUAUAAUUAUUUU